AUGCUUAGAGAUGUCUGGAAGAAUCUGCUCAAUCCUGGCAGCGAAGACCGCGGAACCGCCAAAAUCCCCAAGCAAAUAUCAGACAGCCUGUUGUGCUCUAAACUAGACGAAACCCUUGGAACCGCCAAAAAGUCUAAGAAGAAAUUAGGAAGACUGCUACGCUCUCAACAGAAUUCUAUUCCCGAGCCCCCCGAUCGCAAGAAGCAAUUCGAAACCCCGCAGCAACCUGACUACUGGUUUCGAAGGAAGGCCCUCCGAAAAUACAUGGAGGUAUUCGCCUUGGCUGUCGUUGGCAAUCUGUUCCUCAUCGGUCCCAUGAUACUCAUGGUACUGAAACCAGGUCUCAUCACCUCACUCGUAAUUACAUCGGUCUGCGUCACGAGCUUCGCGGCGGUCGCUCCGAUGUUUUUGGACAAGAUAGGCGAAGUUGUGUCCGCGACAGCUGCUUAUGCUGCAGUUCUGGUGGUGUUCGUGGGUACUAGCGGAGGAGGCUCUAGCGUUUGA